AUUUUGUCUCAUUUUAGCUCUUAAACACAAAAUCCAAUGGAAAAUAAAACAUCAUCCAAAUAGCGGUCUGAUUUACAUUUUAAAUUCUAACUUGAAACACUUUUUUGUUAGUGUAAUCACUAUUUUAGAACUAAAAAUAGUUCAAAUGGAAAAUUUGGUAGGACUCGGUUGUUGAGUGAUUAUUUUUGAAAAUUUUUUUUUUGCAUUGACUAUAAUUUACAUAUUUAAUUGUUUAGUGAUGAUUUGUACUUGAUAUUUUAAAAUGUAGUUUAAAAUAUAUUUUUCCAAAAUCAACAUCCAAGUAACAUUUUUAUUUUCUAUUUAGUUUUCAACUUGAAACACUUUUCACUUUUAAGUUGCAAAAUGAAAUAAGCAUUCUGGACUAUUGACGUCUACAUUGCCAUAAAUGAAUGAAUUGUUGUGUUUGUAAAAGAAAAUCUUUAAUGUGGCUACAAAAGAUGCAAAACCAUAGAACCUGUAACACUGGAUAUAACCACAAAUCAAAGGAUGUUGUCAAUUUGCAGAGAAAUCUUGCAAGUCUUUCGGAUAAAAGAAGUCUUUUACCUUAUGUGUGUGUAUUAGUCUUCUGAUAAUGAAAACUUUCUCCAGCAUCCCUGGGGGAAAAAUCAUUUUGUAGUAUCCAUUUCCAAUUUUCACAAGUUCUUUGUUUUGCUAAAAAGUAGAAACUAUACUCAUUCGGAUUGUAUUAUGAGACAAAAUCUAAAGUUAAUGGAACUAAUCAAAUGAGAUGUAGUAAUGGAGUAGCAGUGAGGGGUACCUAGAGAAUAGAGAGAGACUUUGAAUCUUUCUGAGAAAAUUGUCGUUGUGUCCUCAAGUUCCUUCAGUUGCGAUCUCCAGGAUUUUCGAAAAAGAAUGCGAGACCGAGAGUUUUACCCUCCCAUUUCCAUCUUCCCAGUUCCAAAUGCACGUGAUUCGUUUAAAAGUAAACCAAUGAUUCAUAAUGAACGAGUUGCCCAUGAGAAGAACCUGGCAACUGUGGUGGUGUUCAUUAGAGGGAACAGAACAGUCUUGGAAUUUAAUUCAUUCGUACGACUCUAUUAAUUACAAUGUCAUGUGGGUAGCUUUACUGUCAUAUUCAAUCCACCCCAGCUUCCUUGUUUUUGCAAAAUUGCCAUUUGAUAGCAUGGUUUUGCAUAGCUGUUCAUUACUCAUUAUCUAAACCAUUAAUACAUGCUGAAAACCUUCAAGGCUCGGCAUUGAUUCUCAGUCAAAAGACCCAUUGAAUAAAACUCAAUCAACAUACUACAAUCAUUCAUCUCUGCUUCAUCCAAUUCUUAGCGGUUUCAUAAACAGAGCCCCAGAAAAUUCAGUCUGUGAAAGAAGCUAGCUCAGCUGAGUUAUGGCGUUUCUUAAUCUACUAGUACUAGUACUACAGUUACUGGCGGCUUUUGUUCUGCAAGUUGGUGGUGCGGGAUUCACUUACAAUGGAUUCCGAUCGGCGAAUCUGAGCCUUGACGGCAUAGCAGGGUUCACAAGUAAUGGCUUGCUGAUGUUAACCAACCAAACGAAACAGGACACCGGCCACGCCUUCUAUCCUGAUCCCAUCGAUUUCAGGAACUCGCCGGACGGAGAAGUUCUUUCUUUCUCCACCACCUUCGUCUUCGCCAUCAGGCCGGACGUGACGAAUUUCAGCGCUGAAGGGUUAGCGUUCGUGAUUUCCCCUACAAAAGUUCUUCCUGGCGGCAGGUCUUUGGGAUUCCUUGGCAUCUUUGAUCCAAAAACCAAUGGAAGUCUAACCAAUCAUAUUUUUGCUCUGGAAUUUGAUACAUUUCAGACUCCUAUUUUUCCUGAUCUCAAUGACAACCAUGUUGGGGUUGAUAUCUGCAGCAUCAAUUCGUUCCAGCAAAAAUCUGCUGGUUAUUAUGAUGAUGAAGAUGGUAAGUUCAUUGAUUUGACGCUUAUUGGUGGUGAACCCAUUCAAGCUUGGAUGGAUUAUGAUGGUGCCAGGAAACAGAUUACUGUGACAAUAGCUCCAUUGAAAUCUGCAACCAAGAAACCAAGAAUUCCUCUCCUCAACUUCACAUAUGAUCUGUCUCCAGUGCUGAAACAAAGCAUGUAUGUUGGAUUUUCAUCAUCCACAGCUCCAAUAUUUUUCACUAAUCAUUAUGUACUGGGGUGGAGCUUUAAGGUGGACGGAGGAAUGGCGGAAGAUCUUGACAUUUCUCAGCUUCCUAAACUCCCAAGACUUGGUAUUAAGAAAGUAUCCUACUUUUUGAUUGCUGGGUUACCCUUGAUUUGCUUAUUGUCGAUAGUAUUAGUUAUUGCGGGAGUAAUUUAUCAUAUCAGAAGAAAAAGGAAGUUUGCAGAAGUGCUGGAAGAUUGGGAAGUUGCAUAUGGACCUCAUAGAUUCAAGUACAAAGAUCUGUACAUUGCUACAAAAGGAUUCAGGGAUACAGAGCUUUUAGGUGCUGGAGGAUUUGGAAGUGUUUACAGAGGAGUAUUACCUACUACUAGGCGUCAAAUCGCUGUCAAGAGGAUUUCUCAUGAGUCAAGACAAGGGAUGAGAGAAUUCGUCGCAGAAAUCGUUAGCAUCGGCCGGAUGAGCCAUCGGAAUUUAGUGUCUCUCUUGGGAUAUUGCAGGCGUAAAGGUGAGCUGCUGUUGGUAUAUGAAUACAUGCCUAAUGGAAGUCUUGAUAGAUUCCUUUACGGUACGAAAAAAUCCUUCUUGAAUUGGGACCAGAGGUUCCGGAUUAUAAAAGGCGUGGCAUCAGGAUUGUUUUACCUUCAUGAAGAAUGGGAACAAGUUGUUGUCCACAGAGAUAUCAAAGCUAGUAAUGUGUUAUUAGAUGGCGAUCUCAACGCGAGAUUGGGAGAUUUCGGUCUUGCAAAACUCUAUGAUCGUGGAACUGACCCUCAAACUACACAUGUUGUUGGAACUGUUGGAUACCUUGCCCCGGAACAUUACAGAACCGGUCGAGCCACUACAGUAACUGAUGUGUACGCAUUCGGCGCCUUUCUUCUCGAGGUUGUGUGUGGUAGAAGGCCUAUAGAUCCCCAGGCAAACAAAGAGGACAUCAUCCUUGUUGAUUUAGUGUAUUCAUAUUGGAAUGAUGGAAGAAUUCUCGAGGCAGUCGAUAAAGAUUUGGCUAAUGAUGUAAUCAACAAGGAUGAAGUAGAAAUGGUGUUGAAGCUAGGUUUAUUGUGUUCUAAUUCAGAUCCAAUGGCUAGGCCUACUAUGCAGAAAGUGAUGCUCUAUUUGGAUGGCUCUAUGCCUCUGCCUGAGUUAUCCACCCUGGGUGUUUCGGUUGGUGCUAUAGGAUUUCCAUAUGGGAAGAGUUUUCAAGAUGUUUCAACGUCAAACCACUCGUAUCCAUCUUCGUCAGGAGAUCUAUAUUCUCAAUUUUCCCAUGUAACUGGAGGAUCAUUUCUAUCCGGUGGACGUUGAUUCACUUAUUUCUGAUGGUUUGAAGGCAUGCAUUUUCCUAACGUGGGAUGUUUUUGUCUAUGGCUUCUGGUAAGAAUUUUCGCAGUUGGUAGUGGUGUUACUGUGAUGUAUCUACAAUGUUGAUUGAAGCUAUUAUCAUUUUGACAACGACAUAUGUUCUUCUUCGUUGGAUAUAAUGUUUACUGCUACAUUGUUUCAAUGCCAGUGUGUAAAGUAGAAGACAGCGUCAUGUUUGUAAGUUCGAAAACUGAAUCUGCUUGACUAGUUAGAACUAUUCAGUUCAAUUUUACGUAAUAUUAAUUGCAAUGUGAUGUAUCUUACUACUUUGCUCGUUUUCAAGAAUCGAUUCUUUUUCUUCUCUGAUUUUUGAACCUCCAGAAUGCAGAUGACAAACAAUGCACUUGAAGUUUUAUUAUAUGUAUAGAAACUGGUGAUGAAUUUUUCCACAGAAAUAAACGCUGAGGAAAUAUUUUCUCACUAAUGGCAGUAGAUUUUUGUUAAGGGUGGUCACAGAUGGGACGGGGCAAAUAUUAUGUUGCUGAACAUGAUGACAUUUACAGCCUUGGUUGCAAAGGAAGGAAGAGAAAUUGAUGAUGCAGGCGAUUUGAGUGGUACCAGAAAGAUGUUUCCGGUGGUAUCUUUUAAAUAUUCAUUAGGAGGAUUUCUACCCGGUUGAUGUGGAUUAUCAGACUGGUUUGGAAUAAUGCAUCGGUUUAUGUGCCUUGAAAGAAAUCUUUGCUGUUUCAUUUCAGUGUUAGUCAGGUGAAUCUAUAAUUUUUUUUUAUUGCAUUUAACAUUUUUCCGACAACCAAGUGUGUUCUGCUAAAUGUUCUAAAUUUCCAGAUUGAGUGUUCCUAUUUUCCUUGCCAGUAGAGUUCAUAACAUUGUAUGAUCAAAGUAACUAAAAUUCUCCAUUUUAAAGUGAUUGAUUGUCGUACUAAAAUUGAUUAGUACAACAAAUUGGAUAAUCAUUGAAGGACGGAGCGUUAUUAGAUUGAUACUUGAUGCUAUCAGUGUGAUUGUCGCAGAGCAUUUGGCACAUGUGUCAAGUUCACAUUUGAAAUACAAAAUUUCCAUGAACUUAUCCCUUCCAAUCCCCAUGGAAUGAUAUCGAAUUAUCAGUCUCGAGCGUGGUCUUACCCCAGGGAGUUUGAUGCCAAGAUGUCGGUUCAGAUAAUCGCCAAACUUCACUGUCUUGUACUUGGCUUCAUUUCCUUUCAAAAGAUCUGAUAGAGGACCGAUUUGUUCCUCUGCAGUUGGACGGUGAAAUGCCGCGAUAGAUAUCCUUUCUUUCUGGGGAUUCACAACCGCUCUUUGCUCUGUGCUUUUAUACUCCCCAUUACUCAUUAUCUGAAUUGUUGAAAAGACAUUCAACUCAUAUGCGUGAAAGGGUUCCAAGGAAUGAAUGAUUAAGUUAUCGAUACUAAAAUUUACCUCCAGGGCGUCACCAAUGUUUACAAUGAUGGCUCCAGGUAGCGAUUUAAGGGGAAUCCAUUUGCCAUUUUUGCGGAUUUGGAGACCAUCCACUUCGCGGACUUGCACCAGUAAGGUAAGUAGAGAUGCAUCAGAGUGUGGACUUCCACCGAUGACCUUGUCAGACAGGGCGGCAAGGUGGAUAAUAAUAAUUCAUUCUUAUUGUUUUUAGUAAUUCGUCCUUAUACAUGCCCCUGCGAAUUCCUCACACUUUUGUAGAUUUUGUGCAACUGAAGUGCGUAUUCCUCUAAGCUUGACCUGAUAUUAUCAAACUGUAGGUUAACAGUCUUAACUUCUUACCAAAUGUGUAAAGUCUUAAUGCAUCCUACUAUAUGUUUCGCACAACUAAAAGAUGCGGGAUUGUUAGGCCAGAGUUUCAUAGUCCUUGCAGAUUCCGGAAUAGAAUAGAUGAAGAGCAUGGAACGAGUUUUUGAUCCUUCGACGCAAUGAAUGCUUGACCAUAUCCUUCAAG